AUGUUACGUUCACUCGUCUCCCUAUUCUUCGCCGCAGGCGCCCUUGCGCAGACUCCAGUGGGGAGCUUCGCCCACACAACACAUAAUCUCGGGGCAGCCUAUGAGAACGCGACCAUAACCCCUGGAGUCUGGAUUAGUCCUGACGAUGUUAGCGACCAGCCUUCGAUCUGGCCAGCGAGUCACAAAAUGCGCAAGGAUAUCAAGUACAUGCUCUUGAUGCUUGACCUCAACAUUCCUGACUCCGAUGUCACAACUGCCGCAUACUAUGACACUUUGGUGCCUGGUCUCGCUACUAAUACGACUACCCGGCUCCACUGGUGGGGUGGCAACUAUACCAUCGAGAACAGCCACUUUGUCAACUCCAGCGACAGUCUUGCCCAGUAUACCGCUCCUCGCCCUCGCGAUAGCACCAAUCACACUUAUGCUUUGUAUUUAUUUGACCAGCCAGCCGACUAUGUUCCUUCCAAGGAGGCGCUGGACGGAACGUACUAUUCACAAAUGACUGGUGCUCGCUUCAACUUCAGCUUGACACCAAUCAUUGAGGUUGUUGGUCAGCCUGUUGCCGCUACAUACUUCUUGAGUGACGAAGUAUAA